CUGUGAGGGUCAGAUGACAAUACAGUAGUAGCUUUGUGUGCGACAUGCAGAAAGAUGGUGAUGCCGGAAACAAACAAUUUAAUCAUGUAAAAUAUCUAGGCAUGCCAGGUAUUUCAAUUGAAAAACACUCUUAUGAAACAGGCGAACAUAACAGCAAGUGAGGAAGAGAGAGGUGUGGGCUUAAAAAGGCGGAGAAGAAUUUAAUGAAAAAGACGAGGAGGGGUGGAGAGAGAUCCUGUGAGAAACUUCAGUAGACAGGGGUUGUUUAAUCAUUAGGUCCCUUGAAACAAGAAUGUGCACAGGAAUUUCAAUUUCGGGGUUCGAGCUGUUUUACUUAGACAGUUGAUUAAUUCAGUUAUGAGCUUUCAACCUUAACUCUGUACACUAUUGAUCUGCUCAAAUGCGACUAAUUGAGGAUUAUAAUCUUCUCCUGCUGGAUCUGUGAGCCAGAUGACCAACACCACGUCUCUUCACUAUAAAACCAAGGGAAAGAUUGUUUGUGCUCUUAUGCUGCUGUGUGUUCAUUUUUCUAUGAUGGACAUCCCUGGUCCUUGCAAGCAUGCCAUAACCACGGACCACAUCCUUCAACUGAAACACAUGAUCAAUAACCAGCUGCGGACCAGCUGUUCAAUCGCAUAUACGUUCAUUGAGAGGAAACACUUGAGUGUGGUGUGCUAUGUGAAAGCCUCGCUGCCGAGGGCUCUUGAACUAUUAAAUGUCCACUUCACAUACAUGCAAGGAUCAGGAAGUGCUCUGGCAGUGGUUUCCAUCCAAAACCUUAUUCUGAACAUCUACUCCCAUCACUGUAUACCUUCACUAAAUGAGGAACUGGAGGAGAUCCCGGUGGCAUUUGAGAAGCAGUACAAAGAGUCUCCUGUCCAGGCGCUUUUAAGAGUGGAGGAGGUUCUGUCUCUAUACCUGCAUCUCAUCACAACCUCCAACACAUCUAUAAACUGGACCUGCGGGCACGAAUACGGCAGCAUUAUGCAUGAGUACAGCUCCAUUAUGCCCUCUACUGUAUCCCAGCUCACCACUGGCACAGAGACGGCGGUGGGGUUAUCCAGACAAGCUCCUCGGGGGUCCGUAAGCGAUGAUUUCUACAGGCUGGGGUUCAUUCUGGUCUCCAUCUGUGGCGGAUUUUUCAUCCUUCUCACUGUCUACUGCCUCCUGAAGAGAAAGAAACUGCAACAUCAACUUCACAGAGCUUUAUCUGCAGACUGGGGAUUACAAGUUGUUGAAAAUUUUGAUACACAGGAGCAAGAAUGUCAGAUGUCCAACCAUCAAAGCAACUUUGGCUCGCACCUCUCCACCAAUCUCUAACAGAACCGAUGCCUCUUUUGGACACCAUAAACAACAAACAGACUGUGUUACACUUACAAAAAAACACUACUGCAUCAUCUAAUGGUUCGCAUUAACUGGAAGGAAAUCCACUUAUUGAGCACUUUAUUAUACAGUAAGAAGAAUAAUCCCUUUACUCCGAAAACAUUCCCUCAAGAUUCCAUUCCCCUUUGACAAGAUAAUAUAAUUUCCAUUCAUGCAGAUCCAGUGACUGUGAAGGCCACUUUAAACUUUAUCCAGUUCAAGACCUUGCUUUUUUGCUUACAUGAUGGAAUAUCAUCUUGCAAGUUAUUUUUGAUUUUGAAUUCAAGUUUAUUUUGGCUAGUAGUGGGAUACUCUGGACUAUUUCAAGUCGGUGAAAUGACGGCUAUUGUUUGCUGCGAAGGAAUGCACAUGGUCAGCAACACCGCUCAAGAGGUGGCAUUUAAACAAUGAUUGAUUGAUAUCUCAAAGUGUGCUAGGAAAACAUUCUGCACACUAUUAAACCACACAUUUGGGCACAUUGAUUCAUGCUGUUGCUGCUAAAAUAUGACCUUAAAGGCUGUGUGCCCCUUAGUUUCUAUUGUUGGUUCAACUGUCUGUUCUUGGCCGACUGAAGUAAAACCCAACUUUUUCUGCUGUAGAGCUGUACAGAUAGCUACAGUAGUCUUUCUGUCAGCUCAAAGCAAUCUGGCCUUUCUCGUCUCCAAAUUCUUUAUCAAAAAAGCAUUUGCAUUGACAAAACUCGUGCUCGCUGGGUGUUUUCACUUUAAUCAUUGUUGUGUGUAAAAAUCCCGGGAGAAAUACCAUCUGGCCAUCUGGCACCAACAGUAGUGCCGCAUUCAAAAUCAAUGUGAACACUUUUCCUAUUUUGUUUUACGUUACACUUCCGCCACAUGAGUUCCUCAGAUAAUCACACAUAAAGUGCUCAUAUAUGUCGAUUUACAAUGUAUGUCUGAUAUGUCAUAAUCACUCACUUAUUUGGAAAUUGUAAAUAUGUAUAUAUGUUUUCACGAACAUCUGAACUUCUGGAAAAAUGUCAUUUAGUCAGUAUUGCAUAUGUACAUCAAUCCACUAAUGCAAAAUACAUUUCACCUAGACUGGAAGUGUUUUCAUCAAUAAAUACUAAAA